CUCACAAUUUUUUAACCUUUGCUGAUGUGUCAUUCCCCAUAUCUUUUAAACCCCUCCUUCAUUUUCACCAUACUUCCUCUCUCAUCUUCCUCGUCUGCUCGAACCAAAAAACCAGACAUUCUAAUUCUAAGUAACUACAACACCACACAGGUAACACAAACAUUAAGUACUGUAAAGUGAAACAAAUUGCGUAGCUUUUGUAUUUGUAAGGAGUACGAGAAUGUCAGAAGUUAAAGACUCUGCUAUAAAGCUGUUUGGUAAAACGAUUUCAUUGUCAGUAAAGUGUAAUUAUGAUCAUCACUUUUCUUCUGCUGCUGAUGAUUUUGAGGACUCUUGUGAUCGCAACCUUGAAACUUCUUUACAUGAAGACACCUCUAAUAUGGAACUACAACCCGAUGAUGAGGAACAGUCAGAAAAAGAAGUGACUGAGGAUAAACUGGAAGAUGGAUCUUCUGAAAAGUUCAAAGAUCCACCCACAUCAUCAGUCAUUAGCGAUAACCCCAAAACUCCCUCUGUUGACAGAGAAACUUCGUCGCUGAAAAGCUCAAAGAAUGAAGAACAAAGUGAGACAAGUACUUCACAGGGAAAACCAUUGAGAAAGCCGGACAAGAUACUUCCAUGUCCUCGAUGUAACAGCAUGGAUACCAAAUUCUGUUACUACAACAAUUACAACGUCAACCAGCCCCGGCAUUUCUGCAAAAACUGUCAGAGAUACUGGACUGCUGGAGGAACCAUGAGGAAUGUGCCCGUAGGUGCUGGUCGCCGCAAGAACAAAAGCUCUUCAACUUCAUAUUAUCGGCAAAUUAUGAUAUCAGAAGCUCUCCGUACGGUUCAGGCCAAUGUCGCAAAUGGAGUUCAUAACCCCUCUUUCGGAAAUGGUACUGUCCUUAACUUUGGAUCAGAUUCUCCACUCUGUGAAUCUGUGGCUUCCGUAUUGAGCAUUUCAGAUAAGAGACAGAAUUGUGUUCAAAAUGGGUUUAAUAAUAGACCUGAACAAAGAAUUCAUGUAUCUCAUGGAGGAAGAGAUAAUGGGGAGGAUCGGUCAAGUGGAUCUUCGACAACAGCUUCACAUUCAUCGGAAAAAGGAGGAAAUUUUGGUUCACAAGAAGCAAGGACUAAGAAUUAUCAAUGUUUUACCCCUCAAUUACCUUACUUUCCAGGGCCUCCUUGGCCUUAUCCAUGGAACUCUCCAAUGCCUCCUCCUACUUUGUACCCGUCAAGCUUUCCCGUCUCAUUCUACCCAGAAACAUCUUAUUGGAGCCGUAUAGUGCCAGAAAAUUGGAAUAUGCCUUGUGUCUCCCCAUCAUCUUCUUCUCUUAGUCAAUAUGCCCCACACUCUACUCCUGCUAGUCUAACCUUGGGGAAACAUUCAAGGGAUGGAAACAUAAUUAAUCCAGGCAACUCUUCAGAAAAAGAACCCUCAAAAGGUACCAACAAUCCAGAAAGAUCUGUUUUAGUCCCAAAGACUUUGCGGAUUGAUGAUCUCAGUUAAGCUGCAAAGAGUUCAAUAUGGGCAGCACUUGGGAUUAAGAGCGACAAGACCAACUCUGGGGAAGGUCUAUUUAAGGGCUUUCAAUCAAAGGGUGAUGACAGAAAUUUCAUUAGUCCUGGCACAUCAGCCGUGUUGCAGGCCAACCCUGCAGCCUUGUCACGGUCAUUCAAUUUCCAUGAGAGCACAUAAUGAGCAGAGCUGAAAUUUAGUACAAUAAACUUACUACCUCUUGUGUGCAACUGGUAACAAAUUGGAGCCACCUUUUCUCCCUUCAUGUUUUAUGAUCACAAUUGAGUAACCAACCUCAAUGCAAGAAUCUGUUGGGGAAGCAAUCCAAAUCCCAACACAGAGGAAAACAAGGGAAGUAUCCUCAUGUAUGCAUAUAUAUAUGUUUACCUUUGGAGCAAUCUUUCACAAGCUCAUAUAGCUGCUUUGGUCGCCUGUGGAGCAUAAUGAACCAGAUGGUUUUUGCCCAGACUUUAGAUGGUUUGUUGAGCAAGUAUCUUUAUGUACUGUACAUAUCUAUAUAUGAGAGAUCGUGAGAUAUAUAGCUAGAAACAAGAGAGAUUCUUGGAUGAAACAACUUCCAAAUAUUGUAACAUAAACUUGUGAACCUUAAUCAGCCACUUUUCACUACUUUUUCCCUGGAGCUUCCAAUAAAUAAUAUGGAUUUAAAUUUUGCUUA